AGAAAGAAAAAAAAGAAGUUGCCAUUUUAAGGAUCAGACAUGGAGGAAGUGUGUCCAGCUGCACAGGAACCUCUAGGCAUGAGAUGUAAAGUUGAAGAGGGGAUUUUAAAGGAGAUGUGUAAUGAAGAGGAAGAGAAGAGUUCCACACUAUGCAGGGGUCUCCUUACCAUGUGUGCCAUGGGGAAAAGAAGUGUGAACAUUAAGAAAGAGGACUGCGAGUGGGAAUCUGUGCACCAUCAACCAGAGAACAUCGGCAUCAAAAAGGAAAGUUAUGAAAGGGUGGACUCUCGGCUAACAUCUCACAUCACUGACAUGCCACAAAAUGACAUUGUAAAGAGGACAAAAGAAGAAGACUUCAAAUCAGAGCCCGACUCCCGGUGUUUUUGUCCAAAUCAAGAGGUUAUUGGAUUAGACUUUACGCCAAGUAGUCACUUCUGCCUACAACAUCAUUCUGUCAAUGUGAAGUCUCAAUCUGUGGAAUCCGACAUGAAGAAGUCCACAGAAGCCUUGUGUUCUAGACAUUCUGAAGAAGAUUGUCAACAGAGCAGCAGCUGCUUAAACUCCUUGGGCAAUACCUUUCUUCAGGGUAGAUCACAGGAGACAUUUCAUGAUGAAAAUAUGAAGAAGUCAGCCUCCGGAUCGGAGACUUUUGUACCAGACACUUUGGAGGAUAUUUCUCUACUUGACCUGAAACUAACAAAGACAGAUGUAGUCGGCAUUAAGCUGCAGGUACCCUAUUCAAAUUCAGCAGACUGCCAAGGUGGGAAUAUAAGUGUAAAACACAAAGCUAAAUGUGAUGGUAAGCAAAGUCAUGCAAACCCAAAAGUGUACUCUUGUUCUGAAUGUGGCAAACAGUUCUCCUCCAAUGGGCAUCUUCAGACACACACAAGAGUUCACACUGGAGAGAAGCCCUAUUCCUGUUCUGAAUGUGGAAAACAAUUUUCACAAUCAAACAACCUUAAGAAACACAAAAGAAUUCACACAGGAGAAAAGCCACAUUGCUGUUUUGAAUGUGAUAAGCGAUUUUCAGAUUUAAGUACUCUUCUAAAUCACACAAGGAUUCACACAAGAGAGAAGCCGUAUUGCUGUACAGAAUGUGGCAAAGGAUUCUUACGCCGGUGCACUCUGCAGCGACACAUAAGCAUCCACACUGGAGAGAAGCCAUACUGCUGCUAUGAAUGUGGCAAACAAUUUUGUGAUAAAGGCAGUCUUCAGUCACACAGAAAAAUUCACACUGGAAAGAAACCAUAUGUCUGUUCUCAGUGUGGGAAAGGGUUCUUGCACCGAAGCUAUCUUCAGAGGCACACAGGAAUUCAUGCUGGAGAGAAGAAAUUUUGUUGUUCUGAAUGUGGCAAGCAAUUCUUACAAUUAAGCCAUCUUCAGACUCACAUAAGAAUUCACACUGGGGAGAAGCCAUUUUGCUGUUCUGAAUGUAGCAAAAGAUUCUCUAACAAAUACAACCUUGAAUUACACACAAGGAUUCACACUGGAGAAAAGCCUUACUGCUGCUCUUACUGUGGCAAACGUUUCUCUGUAAAACGCAGCCUUCAGUUACACAUAAGAAUUCACACUGGAGAAAAGCCACAUUGCUGUUCUGAAUGUGGCAAAGGAUUCUCCCAAAUAUGCCAUCUUCAGAGGCAUACAAAAAUUCAUUCUGGUAUUGAUCACCUAAAGACAAAACAAAGUUGCAAGACUAAUGCAGUGAAAAAUAUACAAACAAUACAACUUGCUGGCACAGCAGGAACACGGGGACCACCAGCUGGCCAGAAUAAUGGAAAAGAAGGAGGUACUUGACAUGUAUGACACACCAGUCCCAACCGAUGGAAGCAGUGAUGCCAGGAAAGUAGUCUAGAUAAAUCAGAUAAAGCCUGAAUAACAGCCGUAUGUUUACUCAGUGCUGGGAGUGAAGAGGCAAAAACAACAAAGUAUUAGGUGAUGCAAAUGAAAAUAUGUCAAAUGUGAAAUAAAACCACCAGUUCUGUUUUAAUUGUGUCAAUGGUGGUGGAAUCCACUGGGCUUUAAAAAAAAAAUGUGCCAAUUGCUGUCACCCCAACCCAAAGAAGUACAAAAGGAAGAAUUAUUGAGAACAUUUCUACAAACUGUGGAAGAAAUAGUUACCUUAAAUAUACAUCUAGAGCCAGGAAGCUUGUCCAUUGAGUUUUUAUCUUCUCUUUAGCCAUGCUUGAAGAGAAACUAUCCUGUUAGAGGACAGUGCCCUGAGCAGAGGCUGUCAGUAAACGGUCACAGAACAGAAAGGGAGAGUCAUUCUUAUAGAUAACUGAAUUUGCAUAACAAUGGUGUAAUUAUUGCUUACAUAUUCAACUGGCAUUUACUCUGAUUGGUUCAAAAGACAGGUGUUUUAGCAGAGAGCCUAACCAGCUUACAUACCCCAAAAUAAAAGUCUCAUUUCUACUA